AUGGCUGUGGAGAACCCGUGCAAAUACCACAACGAUGCCAAGUGCACCGAGGCGUGCACCCAGUUCAAGAAGCUGCCGCACGGGUACUGCCGGGGCGACCACUGCGAGUGCAGCACGCAAGCCAGGGCCGUGGUAGAGACCGCGCCGGACCCGUGCCGGACACAGGACACUGGCGCGUGCGUCGUGAGCUGCGUGGGUCUCUCCUUCGACAUGGGCCAGUGCGUGGAGCAAAUCUGCCACUGCCUCAACAUGAACGGCGAGCAGCCCGGCACUAGGCUUAACGACGCCAGGGCAGCUGCUUCGAAAAAGAAGGGCGCCAGCUCUGCGGUACAGCCCGAGCGCAGGAUUGCGCCCGAUGUCCUUGGUCAUCCACAACAGCCUCAGCAGCAUCUCGGGAAACGGGUGAUCAGUUCAUCGCAGGAAACCUUCAUCCCGCUACUACAUUUGCUCUCAGUUCCGAAAGAUCAGUACGACAUGGACCCGUGUUACCGAGGGACGCAGGAUCAGUGCAAGACGCACUGCGGGAAGCUGCACUUCAACCAAGCCACUUGCGCGCUUAACGUUUGCUGGUGUGGCAAGUCGACUUCGAAGAGAUGACCGCUUGCGACUAUUAGCCUUGCGCGCUUUGACCACCUCUCGUGCAGGAAGACUUUGCACCGUCAUUCACAGUUAGAGAUGUGGUAAUAAAGUGGCACGGAAGAGAAGAAAAAAAAAAGACGACAUUAG